CCGGCGAGGACAACUGAUGCCCGUCAGCGCGGCGGGGCCGCGAGCUCUCGCGAGAGCUCCCCGGGCCGGCCGCGAGAAGUGGGGCUCAGGUGUAAGAGGAGUACAUCCCGUCCGCGCGCGGGGCUAGAGCUCUUGGAGAAGUGGGAUCGCGAGGCCGGUGCGCGGCGCUCUGCGCGGCCAGAGGGAGCGCCAGGAGGCAGCGGCGGCAGCAGGAGCAGCAGCAGCCCCCGCGCGGCCGCCGCCUCCGCGCCGUCAGCCGCCGCGGCUGCAGCCUCCGAAGGGAGGCCGGGGGAGCCGGCGUGCGCACUUUCCCGGGGACUUUCGGAGUGUUUGUGGAUUUACAUGCCAAGCCAUCAAGAUGAUGUCCAUGAACAGCAAGCAGCCUCACUUUGCCAUGCAUCCCACCCUCCCUGAGCACAAGUACCCAUCGCUGCACUCCAGCUCCGAGGCCAUCCGGCGGGCCUGCCUGCCUACGCCGCCGCUGCAGAGCAACCUCUUCGCCAGCCUAGACGAAACGCUGCUGGCGCGGGCCGAGGCGCUGGCGGCUGUGGACAUCGCAGUGUCCCAGGGCAAGAGCCACCCGUUCAAGCCGGACGCCACGUACCACACGAUGAACAGCGUGCCGUGCACGUCCACGUCCACCGUGCCGCUGGCGCACCACCACCACCACCACCACCACCACCAGGCGCUCGAGCCUGGCGACCUGCUGGACCACAUCUCGUCGCCCUCGCUCGCGCUCAUGGCCGGCGCGGGCGGCGCAGGCUCGGCGGGCGGCGGCGGCGGCGCCCACGACGGUCCGGGGGGUGGCGGCGGCCCGGGAGGCGGCGGCGGCCCAGGUGGCGGCGGCCCCGGUGGCGGCGGAGGCGGCGGCGGCCCGGGGGGUGGAGGCGGCGGCCCCGGCGGCGGGCUGCUGGGUGGCUCCGCGCACCCGCACCCGCACAUGCACGGCCUGGGCCACCUGUCGCACCCGGCGGCCGCGGCCGCCAUGAACAUGCCGUCGGGGCUGCCGCACCCCGGGCUGGUGGCGGCGGCGGCACACCACGGCGCUGCGGCGGCGGCAGCGGCGGCGGCGGCGGGGCAGGUGGCGGCGGCGUCGGCGGCGGCCGCGGUGGUGGGCGCAGCGGGCCUGGCGUCCAUCUGCGACUCGGACACGGACCCGCGCGAGCUCGAGGCGUUCGCGGAGCGCUUCAAGCAGCGGCGCAUCAAGCUGGGCGUGACGCAGGCCGACGUGGGCUCGGCGCUGGCCAACCUCAAGAUCCCGGGCGUGGGCUCGCUCAGCCAGAGCACCAUCUGCAGGUUCGAGUCGCUCACGCUGUCGCACAACAACAUGAUCGCGCUCAAGCCCAUCCUGCAGGCUUGGCUCGAGGAGGCCGAGGGUGCGCAGCGCGAGAAAAUGAACAAGCCCGAGCUCUUCAACGGCGGUGAGAAGAAACGCAAGCGGACUUCCAUCGCAGCGCCGGAGAAGCGCUCCCUCGAGGCCUACUUCGCAGUACAGCCGCGGCCCUCUUCAGAGAAGAUCGCUGCCAUCGCCGAGAAACUGGACCUCAAAAAGAACGUGGUGCGGGUGUGGUUUUGCAACCAGAGACAGAAGCAGAAGCGGAUGAAAUUCUCCGCCACUUACUGAGGGGGAUGGGAGGUGCCGGCGGGGCAGAUCGGGGAGCUGAAGGGGCCUUGCGGGGUCGGGGAGGGGGGCUUUUCCCGGGCCUACUUCCCCUCCGGAUUUGGAGUGUCCGUUAUCCUGCUUGCAUUUGGAGAAUCCCUCUUCCAGCGUUCUCUUGAUGCUCCUCCUGCUCUCACGCUCCCCCGACCUAGAGGACUGGGGGUGCUGGGCGUGGACACCGGAGAGGACAGCGGGAGAAGAGGGAGCAUUUGGGUGAGCAGGGAUUAGGGGGAAGGAAAGCGGAGACUGGAGGAGGGUUUUGAGGAGCAGGAUGGUUCUAGGGGUUGGGGUGGGGGGAGACUCGGAAAGGGUAGGGAAAUGGACUGUUUCGGACCAGAGACAUUUAUCAAAAUCUCCCGGGGACCAAGGAACUAUGUACAAAAACAAACCUACCAACCACCAAAAACUAAACACAUAAAGACAAACUAAAACAAAACAGAACAAAAGCAGAUAAAACAUGCGUUAGAAUGUAACUCCAGGGAGCAGUAUUCUGCAGCUUCAUUCCUCCCCUAAGGAAGAGAGACAAGAGCCACCACCGUUAUUGCCACUGACCCAACCCUACACACUUGAGCUGAGAAACGAAAUCCCGAACCAACCGGAAGGUGAGAUGCUGGGGAGUGGAGCUAGUUCUGUGUGUUUAAUUUCUCCCUCCGAGUCUCACCUCUAUCUUCCCCAUGUCCUCUCUGAUUUAUUUUCUGGGUUCCAAAGAGACUGGAUGGCUGCUCUCCCGUUGCCAGAAAGUGAGUGGGGGGACCGCUGAAAGGGGGUGGGGGGCUUCACUACCUGUUAGGUGGAGGCCUCAUUUUCCAGCGACCUGGCCUGUGUUCCUGUGGCGCGAGUCCCGCUGGGUGGGGUGUUCAGGGAGAGGGAGGCAUAGUCUUUGAGCUGAAGAAAAGGCGGAAUUUAGGAGCUUCAGAAGAAAUAUUUUAUUCUAGGAGAAUAGAACACUUUCUAACAAGGGGUUUUCCUUCUUUUUUAUUUUUUGCUCUUAUAUCUAAGACCUAGAAAAGUACUUCAAAACCAGCUCCCCUCCCAGACUCACAGCACUUGCUUACCCUUUCAUUUAUUUCUCGAAGUGUCAUUUAUUUUAAACUACCCACUGGAUUUUAUUUCCGAUUGAUUCAAAUAGACUGCUGGGUGGAAAGCGCUAGGAGAGAUACUCUGUUUUGACUCCACAGAAUAAGGCCCACCUAACGCUUCUAGGUCCCUUUCCCUUCUCUCUUGGAGAACGUGAAAUUGUUGACACAUGGAGAAGUUUCUGCUUUCAGUUGGAGCAGAGCUCGACUGUGUCGACUGUGUGGAGAGUCAACCAAAUCCCACAGGAGAGAGAGAUUUAAAGUCCUCCAUUGUUUCAAAAAGGGUCUGCAUGUUGGGGGGAAAAGCAGAAUAACUGUAUUUCAUUAUUAUUAUUAUUGUUAUUAUUAUUAUUAUUCAAGAGUAAUUUAUUGCUGGGGAUAAAUGUUGGGUAGCAAGAACUUUAAUUUGCACUACCAGUCUCCCUAAUAGAAAAUCAUGUAUAGUAUUUCAUAGUUAUAAUCAAGGUACUUUAUGAACUGCUGAUGGAUUAAAAAAUGAGAAAGACAGUUGAAGGUGGCUAGGUAAAAUGCCUGCGUGGUGCACAAGAUACUCUUUUGAUCUCAUGUGGAGAUGGUUGAUUACCAUCCUUUAAUAAGAACUAAAAAAUUGAAAACAGAAGAAAUGAGAGAAGAAAAACAAAACCCUGCCAUUUAACAAUACUAAAAUCGUGCAUGACCUGAAGAGUGCGGAAAGAAACACAAUUAGGUCUCACUCUGGUUAGACAUUGUUUAUUUAAUUACGUUGUAUAUCAUUGUUUGCAGCGCAAACAUUCUAUGCAUUGGAAACCGAGCACUAAACUGGGCUAGCUUUCUGAUAGACCGUUUCGUGGAUAGUGUGAUUUCACAGUCUACUGCCUGUUUUCACCGAAAACACAGCAUUCCUGUCAUAUUCUUGUAUUUAGAGGAAAAAUAAAAAGGAAGAUUAUUGUAAAUAUUUUCUUUAACACACACACAGUGGUUACAGACCGCCAGUGUCAUUCCUGAAGUGUCUCAAGGGUUGAUAACCUGUCCAUGUGUGUCUGCUGAGCUUUCUCCCGGGUUACGUCUUUGCUCUAUGACCUUUCCCCCUUCCCUCUUCUAUCAGAACCAUUUCUGUGAGCCAAAAUACAACAGGGGGAUGUGUCCCAGUACACUUACAAAUAAAACAUAACUGAAAGAAGAGCAGUUUUAUCAUUUGGGUGCAUUUUUGUCUCUCUGUUAGGCCAAGUCCUGGUAGAGCUGGUCAGCAAACGAGACUCACUUCAGGCUUCAACCAAAAAUACGGGGCGGGGGGUGUUAAAAGGGGGACAAAAAGAGGGGAAAGGGUGAGAAUGAUGUAUUUUUUCUGCUGAAUCAGAAUUCACUUUCAGAUGACUCAUGUGAAAAGUGGUGCUCUGAAUAAAAUGAAUUCUAUAUUAGUGGCCUGUGUUUAU